CUUAAUUGCCGGUAUAGAAGCACGAGGCUGCCCGGGAAGCAGUCGGUCAGAGCUCCACGCUGGACUAUUUCUGAGCCCACUUCUUUAUUUCAGUCUUAUUCUGCCCUCCCCAGGACCUUGAGGGACCAAGUCGUCUUCAUCAUUUUCUGGGGCUACGUGACUUGAGGAGUGUGGAUAUUCCUCACAUCUCGCCUAUUUUGGACUUCCAGUUCCGUGGGAUUUGCACUUGACUGAGUUGACGCGGUGUCGGCAUGGAUUCCUUCACGGCGGCGGCGUUCCUGCUGUGCGCUCUGACGGCCACAGUGUGCGGGGACAAAGGCACAGGCAAGGCCAGGAGUUGUUCGGAUAUACGCCACUUCUAUAGCGGGAAAAGCUUCUCCCUGGACGGCGUCCCUCAGUCCGAAAUAUCUGGGGAGCACCUGCGCUUCUGUCCCCAAGGCUACACCUGCUGCACCAGCGUCAUGGAGGAAAACCUGGCCAUGCUGAGCCGAGUGGAGAUGGAGAAACUGCUGAAAGAGGCGGGGCGGACUUUACAGGUGUCCCUCAACGGGCAGUACAAGGUCUUCGACGGUUAUUUCCUGGAGUUGCUGAACAGCUCUGCCGUCGCACUACAGGAGACGUUCACCUCCACCUGGGGCUUGUUCUACCUUCAGAAUUCCCAAGUUUUCACCGACCUCUACACAGAUUUGAGGCUCUACUGUCGCGGCUCCAACAUCAACCUGGAAGAAGCGCUGAAUGAGUUCUGGGGCCGACUUUUAGAAAAAAUCUUCUUCCACGCAAACAGGCAGUAUUCCAUAGGGGACGACUACCUGGAGUGCGUAUCCAAACAGCUGGAGACGCUUCGCCCUUUCGGGGAGACACCUCGUGAUCUCAAGUUGAAGGUCACUCGCACAUUUGUGGCCGCCCGGUCUUUUGUCCAAGGACUGGUCGUCAGUGGGGAAGUGGUCCGCAAAGUAUCCCAAGUGCAGCUGAGCCAGGAGUGCAUGCAAGCCAUCAUGAAGAUGACUUAUUGUCCCCAUUGUCGAGGUAUGGCCUCUGCCAGACCUUGUGCCAACUACUGCAGCAACGUCCUCAAGGGUUGUCUGGCCAACCAUGCGGACCUUGACACCGAGUGGCUGCACCUGGCAGAGACCAUGAUGCAAGUGGCGGGGCGCUUCGAUGGCCCUUCUGGUGUGGAUGUGGUGGUCCUCUCCCUGCCCUCCCGCAUCUCAGAAGCUAUACUCACCAUGAUGGACAAUAUGGAGUCCAUCAACGUUAAGUUGUUCCAGGCGUGUGGCAGCCUGCGAGAAAAAACCAGCAGCGGCAGCAGCACAGAAGCCAACAUUUCCCCCAAGAAUGAAAAUCCCGCAACGGAGGACAGGUCGGCGAGCAGCGCCAACAAACUGGGCCGCCUGGUGACGGACGUAACCGUGAGACUGAGGGACAUGCGGCCAUACUGGAUUGAUCUUCCCAAAAUGCUGUGUAGCGACAGAGUGGCGGUUGGUGCGGGCUCUGAAGACCGGUGCUGGAACGGCAUCACUCGUGCCAGGUACCUUCCCGAGGUCAUUGGCGACGGUCUGGCCAGCCAGAUCAACAACCCUGAAGUGGAGAUCGACAUCACCAAGCCCGACAUGACAAUCAGGCAGCAGAUCAUGCAGCUGAAGAUCAUGACACACCGCCUGAAGAAUGCCCUCAACGGCAACGACGUGGACUUCCAAGACACCAGUGACGAUGCCAGCGGUUCUGGAAGCGGCACCAUCUGCACCGACGAAGCGUGCUCGCGGGGUCCUCGCACUGACGAGACCUUGACGCCGUUUAGCAGAGAGUACCCCAAACUGCCAGAGAUCAAGAAGGUGGGGACAAACUCGACCAAUCAGAGCCUUCCCAGCGUCCUCGCCUACGUCCUGUCACUGCUGGUUUUGCUGCUGCGGCGAUAAUUGGCGGGGAGGAAAGCACAGCCACGCUUGGACUGAGGUCAGGGGGGACUUGGUUUGGGCUUUGCGAGGGUUCUGAAAAGGUGAAGGAGGAGCAGGUGAGAUGUUUGGGUGUUUGUUACUUUGACAAGGAAGAACUGUGGAAACGGGGGGAGUGGGGGGGCGCUCUUGUCCUUCAUGUCUCGCUAUAAUAUGACGCCAUUAGAGCUGAUCAUCUUAUGUUUUUAUGCUUCUGGUUUAUGGUGUAAUCACAACUCCAGUAGGGAGAGGGGGACAUUAAUUCAUGCAUUUGUUAUUUCUCCUUUUAACAGCACUUAGUGAUUUUAUGGUAUUAUUUAUUUGUUAACAACUGACCCUAGAUAGAGUGGAUUCACUCCCAAAUGCUACAUUGGAAACAGGCUGAGGCAAACUAACAUGGCGGCGAAACCAUUUGGAUGCAUCAAACCUCAGCAUUUCAGAGGUAAUAAUAGCUGUGGCUCAUCUCAACCUGAACCCCCCCAAGCUUAAUCCAUGCAGGUCUCAAAUGACAGCAACCUUCUGGGCCCCGGGACCCCCGCCCUAGCAGCCAAGGCUUUGCAGGUCAGAAUUUUGGCUCUCAAAACAGAAGCAGUAGAGGCAGGAAUAGAAAAUGACCGUCUGUCAUUUGCAUUUUAAUUGCACGAAUGGGGAUCCAAACCUCCGGAACACUCACUUCAGUGGAAGUCUGUGAGGAGGGAAUUAUUUUGCCAACUCUGUCCUUUAUUGUCAUUACCUUUAAAGGGGAACUGCACUUUUUGGGGAAUUUUGCUUAUCGCUCACAAUCAUUAUGAACGACUUUCCGACAAGUUGAUUUUUUUAAUGCACUCUAAAUAUUAAAUAAAAGUACAAAAAAAAUGUUCGCUAAAAGCACAGCUGAGGGGAGCUCCGCUAUUCCACCCAUAAAUGCCAAUAAAUAACGAUUCAAAAAGCUUCAACAAUACUCCAUUUACAUGUGGAUGCUUGAAUAUGGACCAAGUAUUAGUGAUAUUGUUAUUAUAAACGCUGACCUAGACAAACUAUUUCGAGCGGCGCUGUGAUCACUUUCUGUGUGUGCCGAUGUUUACUUGAACUAAUCAGCUGUUUCCUCGCUUCCCUGCUCCAUGUAAGUUUAUUGUCGAUCAUAAAUCAUGCAGCUCACCUGGAAAAUAGAUGGCUGUAAAUAUAAAUUUGGGACAAAAGAAAAAAAACAAACGUCAUGAUGCGUCUUUGUAAUUAAUGUGCCGCGUAUGCUUGAAUUGAUCAAAUUACGUAUAUAUUAAAUGUUAUUAUAAAUGUGCCUGUUAUAUUACAAACCCCGUUUCCAUAUGAGUUGGUAAAUUGUGUUAGAUGUAAAUAUAAACGGAAUACAAUGAUUUGCAAAUAAUUUUCAACCCAUAUUCAGUUGAAUAUUCUACAAAGGCAACAUAUUUGAUGUUCAAACUGAUAAACAUGUUUUUGUUUGUAAAUAAUCAUUAACUUUUGAAUUUGAUCCCAGCAACAUGUGACAAAGAAGUUGGGAAAGGUGGCAAUAAAUACUGAUAAAGUUGAGGAACGCUCAUCAAACACUUAUUUGGGUUGAAAAGGAUUUGUAAAUCAUUGUAUUCCGUUUAUAUUUACAUUUAACACAAUUUCCCAACUCAUAUGGGAACGGGGUUUGUAAAUAUAUAAGGUUUCCCCUUAAUGUCAUUGAAUGUGGCAUUCAAUGACAUUAAUGGGACAUUUGUAUUACUGCCCUACCAAAAAAUAAGUUGUUUUUUUACUUGAAAACAAAUUAAAGUAUUAAAAUAAAUAAAUUGUAGCCCACAGAAGGAAUCAAAAAGUUUGACGCGUAUUAUUAACUUUGUCUUCCCCGCCAGACACUCAAGAAACACUUCCUCAUUCUCCGCCAGUCACCUUGCAGGCACGGACGGUGUGUUUGUGACCAUGGGAAAAACUGACAUGAAAUCCAAACCACACAAACAUAAAACAUUGACAUUAGCAGGUCCUUACAGUAUGAAUUUAUAAAUAAAUAGCAUAUUAUUUGCGCACUAUUGACAAGCGAUGUACCGAAAACUUGACCACUGAAAAAACACUGAUCACCAAAAACCGUGCGACCGAAACCGGAUGUAAACAAAACGCACGCCAGUGAUGUCAUAAUGUCUGCAAUGUGGACGUAAUUUUGAUAUAUAUUGCAGAUACACGCAAUGACAACCAUUUACAAAAUGUGCAAAUAUUAAGACAACAGUGGCGGCUUUUAAAAGGAGAAAGUGAAACUAGAGCAACAGCGCCAAGCAAGUGUGACGUCAAGUUCGAUGCAGCCUUUUAAAGUCGGGGACAUGGAGGGACAGAAGUAGUCUGAAAACAUGAGAACACUUUAUAAUAACACCAGAAGAAUAGGCAGGAUUUGUUGCUAAUUGUUUUUAAAUUAAAGAAAAAAGUAAUUAAAAGUCCGGAAACACUUGAAAAAAAUCUCCACAAAAUACUUUGUACAAUAAGCAGCAACAAUGGUAAAUUUGUCAAAACUGGAAAAAAAUAAUAAUAAUUAAUUGUAUUUAAUAAUAACAGAUGUGUUUUAUAUGUAUGUAUACUUUUGUUAUGCAAAUUACUCAAUGAUGGUAACCACGCCCGUAAUCACGCCCCCACCGCCACAUGUAUCUUGGCGGUUUCAGUUUAGAUCUAAUUUAUUUAAUAUUUAAAAUGCUUUUUUUUUUUUUUUUUUUUUUUAAUCUAUUUGUCGUCAUGUCUGUCAUAAUAAUUGUGCAUGACAGGCAACAUUAAAAAAAAAAAAGUGCUGUUCCCCUUAAAGCCCACCAGUGCUGGAAUUUUUAAAUAAAUAUAGCAUAUCUCAAAUUGUGGGCAAGAAGCUUUGCAUGGGGACAUUCUGCGUCCUCUAGAAAUGCCAGGAAUAAUGGGACAGAACUGUAUGACACGUGUUAGUAUGGUUACUGUUGAACGUCAUCACGUGGAGGAUGCAUCUUUGCUUCUGUGGCACAUUGGGACAAUCCAUUUCAAACAUAAAACCCUUUCAAGAGCUGUGUGUUGUAGAUAAUUUCUCUGAACAAAGAUCAUUGCCAAUUCAUUCAAAAUGCCAUAAAACCCUCUUUAUUAUGA